UCUGUGAAUUGUGAUCUCCAGUUGUCCAAGACAGUUGGGAUUUCCCUCCACUCUUUUCAACCAACCAAAGCAAAGCAUCCAUGGCUAUGGCGGUUCACACAGCCGCCGCCUUUUCUCCUUCUCCGUCUGUCUCUCAGCUUAAGCUUCCCCGUUCCUCUUUCUCUCUCAUCCCGUUUCUUCACACUCGUCCCCAAACUUAUCGAAAGUCACUACUACCUUUAAAGCUAAGACCGACGCAGUGCUCCAAGAAGGAAGUGGGAGCCACCGCCGCCGCCGCGGCCUCCGGCGACCCCAAGCUCGGCGUUGCAGUAUACAAGCCGAGGUCUUACGAUGUCCUCGCAUCUGACGCCGCGAAUGCCCUCUUUUACGCUCUCAACGAAGGGAAGACUCGCGUCGAAAUCGAAUUUCCUCCCUUGCCUAGCAACAUUUCUUCCUAUAAGGGAUCAUCAGAUGAGUUUAGUGAUGCCAACAUUCAACUUGCCUUGGCUGUUGUCAAGAAGCUUCAAGAGAAGAAGGAAACUAGGGCUUGCAUUGUAUUUGCUGAUAAGCCAGAAAAGCGCAGAGCCUCGGAACUUUUCAAAACAGCUUUUGACUCGAUUGAUGAUUUAACCAUUGGGACGUUGGAUGAUAUUCCUAGUGGUCCUGUGACUACAUUUUUCAGAUCUGUAAGUCGCACAUUGGAUUUCGAUUUUGAGGAUGAAAAUGAAGAUCGUUGGCAGUCUGACAAGCCACCAUCACUGUACAUAUUUAUCAACUGCAGCACUCGUGAUCUCUCUUCCAUAGAGAAGUAUGUGGAGAAAUUUGCCCCGUCCACCCCUAGUCUGCUGUUUAAUCUAGAACUGGACACAUUGCGUGCUGACCUGGGUCUUUUGGGAUUUCCACCCAAAGAGUUGCAUUAUCGAUUUCUUUCACAAUUCACCCCCGUAUUUUACAUUCGAACUCGAGAGUAUUCAAAGACAGUUGCAGUGGCACCCUACAUAGUAAACUACAAUGGAGCUUUGUUUCGUCAAUACCCUGGGCCUUGGCAGGUGAUGCUGAAACAAUCAGAUGGUUCUUAUGCAUGCGUUGCAGAGAGUGAUUCUCGGUUUACACUUGGAGAAACCAAGGAAGAGCUGUUGCGUGUCCUAGGUCUUCAGGAGGAGAAAGGAAGCUCGCUUGAAUUUCUUCGAAGAGGGUAUAAGUCUGCAACAUGGUGGGAAGAAGAUGUUGAUUUGGAAAAAUCUUCAGCUUGGCGUACUUGAACAGAUAAAAUCAUAACAACAUGAUUGAAGCUGCCUAAAGGAGAAGAAAAGCCCACUGUGCAUCACUUAGCCUUGGAUGCAAAUGUUUGUGUAAUCUUGGAUGAGCUUCAAGUCCUCCACUACAAAAGCUGCAUAAAAUUAGCAAACAUUUCCAUUUUUACUUCUCUCCUCUACCAUGUUAGUAUCAGUUUUGUUUCUUUUUGUUUUUUUUUUGGCUGUCAAAUUGGGUUUUGUUGUUUGAUUGGAGUGAAGUCUUGGCCUCUAGGGACUACCAAUCUUUUCCUGUUAACGUAUCCCUACAUGCAAUUCUCUCUAUUGGGAGUUCGACUUGUGUAGAAAUUGUGGAAAUGUGUUUCAUCUUCUUGACAACGUUUGUAUUGUUAAUUUGUUAUUAAUAAUUAUUUUAGUCCGUUUAAUUGGAGGGAA